AUGAUAUCACGUGCAGUUGGGUGUCAAUCCCCCGAUCAAGUGCACUGGUCGAAAAGUGGAGAAGUGUUUAUGUUGUUCAAGAAAGAGCUACUACUAUUGAAGACCAAAAAGGAAGCCGAUAUAGACGCUUCCGAUCUCAGUGGCAUGUUCACGUCUUAUCGUUUCGCAGGAACGCUAAUGGAUUGGGAAAAUAUGCUAAUAUCUGUGCUUAGUGACAAUGAAGUGGUGCGAGUGGGGCAGGCAAAAAGACAUUCACAAGGUCAACAGAACGAGAACAACUUGAUCGAAAUCGACUGCUCUGAGUUGGGAGUUGAUUUGUCUUGCCAGACACUAAUCGCCGGUGUUACUGACUCUUUCAAUGGUUAUUUAAUGCGAGAGGUUCAUGGAGAUUUGAAGCUCCAAUGUCUUUUAAACGAAAGAAUAGCUGUUUUGGAAGGUGGCAUAGAUACUUCCAAGGUGCUCACUCUGAGUCAAUUGACAAAGUUGAGGAUUCAUUCCAUUGCAUGGACUGGUAAGAUAGAUUUCGAGUACAUUGGAAUUCCGGUAUGGCCCAUUGUGGCCGAGUCUGCUUUCGUGGUGAUGACCGAGUCUUCCACUACAUGGUUUUACAUGAUGAGUGAAGACGGCAAUCCAAAGAGAUUGUUUAGCUUUGAAACUGGACUAACGGUGGCAAAGGACGGAGAUGAAUACGUGAGAAAGUGCAAAAUAUCUGACUGGAUCAAGGACAGCGGGUCUGACUUCGUUAUAGCGUACUUGCUGAUGAUAACUACUCGAAAUCGGGUCCUACUUCGCCAAUUGAGAUUCAGUAGUGGCACCAAAACUUUAGAGAUGAACUCCGAAUUCAGCGAAACGAUCAAUGGAGCUCAAGGCAUUAUAUCUACUGCGGAUUUCAAGAAGUUGGGCAAGCACUUGCAGAUGUUGACAAUUCUUUCCACUGACAAACUUCAAUUUGUUGCUCUCAAUGCAAAGGGUAUCGACGAAAGAAGGGAAACUUCGCUUUUCGGUACUCGCAUACAAUGCACAUCUAUGGUGCAGUUUGUAACAAGUCGAGAGGCGGAUUAUCAUAUCAUUCUACAUACCGUGGUGGCCAAUCCUCAUAGGGAUUUGCUUUAUUUGAAAGUGGAUAUCCCCUCCUUGAACUCGUUUUCACAGGCCGGACCUAUUGUCGGCAAGAAGUACAAUUACAGGAAAGAGUUACCGGUUGAUGAGCUUCCUUUAUUUGAGAAACUCAAUGAAUUGCGAGAAGUAAGUAUUUUCCGCAUUCUUUCGUUGUCUUUGGAUCCAUCAGGCAAGUUUAUUGGAUUACUAUCGUCCAUCUACGAUCCAGAUCAGCCUAUUGACGGAAGAAUUGUAUCACAUAGAGAGGAUGUUGAGUUUUCUGUCAUUCCGGCUUAUGCGAAGGGAAAUACAUUUGACACGCUAUUAGAUAUCGAUACCUUCAACAGUGUCCAAUCUGCUCCUGUUCUUCGUAUACAGAGCUAUCAUUUUCUACGAUCUGUACUUCCAGAAGAGGAUAAGACAUUUGAAUUGGGUGAGGAUAGCCGUGCGUCAGACCAUGUUGUGUUUGAAAAAAAAAUCGAUCCAGAGAGUUGCCUACAACAGAACCUAAUACUAUCCUCGCUUUCAGACAAAGUGCGUCUAACCAAUACCUUCAACGAUCAUGCAGCUAACAAAAGUAACCUUGAACGUUUAGCCAAAAUAGUGGUUGAAAUGGUUCGAACGGGAAGAAUUGAGAUCUCUUCCGAGUACGACCAACUAAUGUGUCAGCAGUAUCUGCGAUUGUUGGGUCUCGCUGCACCUAAAGGGUUUUGGGGCAAGUAUGAAUCGCGACAUAAGAUCCGUAUACCUAUUCCGGGGCUUCCAGACACCUGGGAAACUUUCGCUAUCGGUAGUACCGGCAAUUCCCCUGAUCAUGAAGGGAAGUUGCAACCAUUACUUCUGAGGAAGGACAUAGUUGGAAGACGUGCGAGUUGA